CACACUGUAACAGCAGCGUUUUAUUUCACUCUGUUUAGAACGGGAAAAACAGUUGUGUGAUGGAUUGUACAGCGCGAAAUCUGACAUUUAUUUUUAAAGGCUGACGAAAGAUAGAAAAGAAACAAAUGGAUCGCUGCAAUUUGCUAAAUGGAAUAUUGAAACGUGCACGCUUUCCAGCCAUUUCAAGUCAGACUCAGAGCUAACCUUUGACCUCCAGACAAGGACUCGUAUAUUACCGAUUGGUUGAAAAUGGAGAAACCCCUGGUUCUGUUUCGUGUCGUGUGCGCCACGCUGUAAACAAUGGAUGCGUCUGGAUUACCUCCAUCAACGGAGCUUAAUGAAACUGGACUUAAUGAGACACUGAGCCGUGGCCACCCAGAACACCUGGCUCCCAGCAUGCAGCUGGGCACCAUGUCCAAUCCUCAAUCACGUUUACGAGACACGUCGGUCCUCGUCGUCAUGGUGACCCUUAAUGCGGUAGCGCUGCUGGCAAACAUCUGCAUCCUAGCCGUCGUUUUAAAAGUUCCCCAUCUUCGCAAGUUUAGUUUAGUGGGUCACCUGUGCAUCGUGGACUUGUUGUGUGCCGCCCUGCUCAUGCCUCUGGGCAUCGUCUGCGGCUCACCAUUUUUCGCUGGCGUGGUGUUUUCAGUACUCGAAUGCCGGCUUUACGUGUUCCUCAAUGCCUUUCUCAUAUCUGCCUCUAUUUUUACUGUAACAGUGAUAAGUAUUGAACGUUAUUUCUAUAUUGUACAUCCCAUGAGAUACGAGGCCAGGCUGACCCCGUGGGUCUCGGCCGCCGUGAUGGGUCUGGUCUGGGUGGUCUCCACUUUGCUCGGACUGGCUACCGUCUUUGGGUGGUCCAAUUACGGCAGCAGAAGCUCCAUCGCCGCCACCCAUUGCUCUCUACAUUGGAGCCACAGUGGACAUCGACGGAUGUUCGCUAUUCUUUUCUGCGCCGUUUGCUUUUGCGUACCAUCUGCUAUCAUACUUGCCGUCUACGCCAAUGUCUAUAAGGUCGCCCACACGGCUGCCAGGGACAGGGGGCCGAUCCCUAGCUGGCCGAUGCCGACCCCGCACCCAAAGCGUCGUUCCGAUUCGGUCAACAGCCAGACCACCAUCAUCACCACCAGCACCAGCGUCCGUAGAAACCAAGUCCCCCGCAGAAAGAAGAGAACGCUGGUGGGCUGGAAAGCGGCCAUCACCUUGGCCAUUAUCGUGGGCCACUUUCUGCUUUGUUGGCUGCCUUACUUUGCUUUUCAUCUGCAUCUGUCUUUGGGGGUUUCUCAUAGUGAUUUCGAUGAAGCAGAGGGUUUAGUCACCUGGCUGGCGUACUCGACGUUUGCAUUGAACCCGUUUUUUUAUGGACUGCUGAACCGUCAGAUCAGGGAGGAGUUGUGUAAGAUGCUGUUGUGUUGUCGAUCGCCCCGUAGGCCGAUGCAGGGCGCAGCGUCCGGUCACGAGCGUUCAGGCCAGGAGGGCGUCUUUCAUUUUUUUCACAGGAACAGGGGUGAGGAGGGAAAUAGAUGCAGCUACCAUAUGGUCACGCCGAGGAGUACAAUGGAGCAAAACAGCUUUUGGAUACCGGGACAAAUAGCAGAAGAAGUCACUUAAACAUUAAAUCAGGAAUUAACGGCUCCAUUCUUAAGUCAAAAAAGCAUAAACUUUCUUUUCUUCAUAUUUUCCUAACUGUUGAAACAAAUGUUUUUUUGAGAGAAUACAUUUUAAAACUCAUUGCUUACAGCAACAAACAGCAAACAACAAAUGUCUUCAAACAAUUACAAAGUUUUUCAAUGGUGAUUUUACAUUUACAUUUAUUCAUUUGGCAGACGCUUUUAUCCAAAGCGACUUACAAGAGCAUAUAAACAUUUUGUCAACACGCUAGACAGUCCCAUAAAUUUACAAGACCAUGCUAGACCAACAAGAUUUUUUUCCACACAAGACAUAGACAGCUAUUGGUUAAACAUUAGAUACAGUACAUUGUGUACAUUAUUACGUUAUAUACAUUAAAGGGACAGUUCAACCAAAAAUGAAAAUUCUGUCAUGAAUUACUCCCUCUCUAGUUAUUCCAAACCUGUUCUUUGUUUGGUUGAACACAGAGAAUGAUAUUUGGACGAAUGCUUGGAACCAAACAGUUCUUGGACCCCAUUGACUCCCACAGUAGGAAAAAUGACAAUGGUAGUCAAAAGUGCCCCAGAACUGUUUGUUGUCCUACAUUCUUCAAAAUAUCUUCUUUUGUGUUCAACAGAACAAAGAAAUGUUGGUAGUCAAUGGGGUCCAAGAACUGUCUGGUUAUAAGCAUUCUUCCAAAUAUCUUUCUCUGUGUUCAUCAGAACAAAGACAUUUAUACAGAUUUGGAACAACUGGAAGGUGAGUAAUUGAGUCUUUCUUUUAUGGGUGAACUGUCCCUUUAACAUCUAGCUGAUCUUGAACAGCAUUGUAUCAAAUGAAGGGACCAUACUGUUUUUUAUUGAAAUUGAUAUUAUUUUGGGUAAAAUACCAGUUUACAAUUUAUUUGAUGAAUAUUACAAUAUUAACUUGUGACUGGAAAAACAAUCCAUCUGCUGUGCAGGUCUAACAUGGGAAAAAAUGAGCAGGCAAUGAACAACCUCAUACAAAGAAAUAUUGCACUGUUUAAGCAAACUAUCUGUACAUACGGUAUUUAUUUCUAAAGGUGUAUUUUAAUUUCUGAAAUCAGCUUUUUGCUGUAUUUAUUCUAUUGUACAGCAUAUGUUGAGUUAUGUUGUGUUUACAGCUCAUUGGUUGGUCAUCUACUGACUGUUGGCAGCAUGGUUGGCACAGUCAUGUCCAUUGUCUGUGAAAUAUCUUCGCCCUUAUUUUCAAAGUACGUACAGUAUAUGGAGUCACCCAUUACAUCACAUUUAAUUGUUCUUUGUUUAUUUGCAAGUGGAACAGUAUUACCAGCAUUGUCUAUUGUAUUAUUGGAGAUGCCAAUAAUAAAACUGUCACGGCUUUGAGAGGAAGAACCCAAGUGCAGGCAGGCGGUGGUGAAGGGGUUAACAACAAACUUUAAUAAACGCAACAAAACAGAAAACAAAAGCCCACAAUGGGGAAAAACAGGACACGAUCACUUAACAAGAACUCAAAACAAACACUUCCCGCGAGGGGGCAAAAUAAACAAUAAUCCUAAACACGACACAACGUCCAAAACAAGGCAAGAUAAUCCACGGAUAAUUACAUGACAAGGCAUGAGGAACACGAGCAUAACAUGAGGAAUCUAUAAACCAGUAAGCACGAAGAUAACUCUUUGACAAGGCACCAGAAACAUGAGUAUCACAUGGAGAGAUUACAAAACGAUUCAGCACAAGACAGCAAACACACGAGCAUUAAAUAGGGAGACUGACAAAGGAAAUAACAAUGGGCAGGUGAGGGUAAUGAGACACAGCAGGAAAGCUAUACGGGGAACGAGAGGGGCGGGGCCAAAGACGAGACACGAGAAAGCACAUGGCAUGUCAAUGGUAAACAAUAGGCUUGUUCGACUUGAUGCGGCGCCGAAGAUCC